AUGAGGCGAUUUUUUAAUUUAAAGAAUACUGGUUCCCGAAUUAUAGUCUUCAUUUCUGUGGCAUGCUGUGCUCUACUUGCAAUAAGAACAUGGAUAUUUGCGUUUUCAGCUUCAAACAAUAAAACAUCAAAUCAAAAUCAAAUUUUUAUUGCAGUAAUUAGCGACAAAACUUCUGAAUCCAGAGCAUCUAUCUUUGAUAAUUUCUUUAACGCACAUUUAAAGUCUAAACAUGUUGUAGGCCCGAAAUAUUUCUUUUCGAACUUAUCACCAGAAUUAAAUCCUUCAGAUUUUUCAGUUUUUCGCAUACCUACAGAUCAAUUUGCUAACAAAACAACAGUUAGACCUUUUAUUUACGACCUUCUUAAAAAAUUUAUCGCUACGCUAGAAUAUUUCGUUGAGAAAACAGAUGCUAACUGGAUGAUGAGACCAACUGAUGAUGUUUUCAUAAAUCCGCGAGAUUGGCCAAAUUCAUUAAUAAAUACAUUGGCAGAUUUCCCAAAUCCUGACUUAAUUCCAUACUUAUUAGGCGAUUGCAGAAUGGAAGGAACCCAUCAACUAGUUAGUGGCGGAUCUGGACAAAUUGUUUCAAGAGCUGCAGCAAAAUUAUUUAUCAAAAAUAAAGAAAUGUUAUUUACAGAGCCUGCCACUAAAUGGGAAGAUUAUAUUAUUACAAAAAUGGCAGAAGAGAAACUUAAUUUGAAAAAAUUUUCAUUUCCAAGAAUUUCAGGUUAUUCAUUCCCAAAAAGCCAAUAUGAUGCAAUAAUUCAAGAUAAUUUUUCAGUCAUACCAGAAUGCAACUACAAUGAUCAGGAAGAUGUCGGAUGCACCAAAGGAAUGCAGAAAUUGAAUGAUUUAAUUAUAUGGCAUCAGUAUUGGAGUAGAUCUGAUCCAAUGAUUUCAGAAAUGUACCAAAUUAUUAACAAAAUACCAAAUAAUGUCGUUUGGUACCAUGUUAAAGAUGGAAUCAAGAUAUGUACAGAGAAAUGA